AUGGUCACCCUAGUGGGUUCAUGUCUUGAAUUGAUUCGUUAUAUUCAUCGAAUUCUGAAAGUCAACGAGGUAAAACGGCGUAGAAAUGAGUUGCUGGUUGGAUACGCGGCAGUGAUAAUAUUAGCGAUGAGAUCCAGAUAUUUACAGUAUUAUUCAGGAUUCGAUGAAGAGACUGUGUCUAGGCUUCAACUCAACGCGUUAAUCUAUGCUGGCAGUAUAUAUUCUUUCCUGUGGUUCAUACCUCAUGAUAGUCCGCGUCAAAAUACUCAACGUCUCUCGGAAUUUACCAAAACCCAUUUUAUUCUCAUCGUUGCUCAUAUUUAUAUAGUGUCUGCCGCUAUUGAUAUCGAGAAUUGGCUUCAAGCACUUGCAUGGAUAUUUUCGUUUGAGAGCUUUCAACACAUCUAUGAGAUUUUAAUGAGCCAGAGCCCAGAUCCUGCUCCUGUUGUUCCUGACACUACCCCCAAUUUCCGAUACCGACUAGAUGCGAAGGAUCUUGCUAGAAAUCGUGCCGAGCCGAGAGCAGAAGAGCCAAAAAAUCGGGAGGAGGAAAACUUCGGAGCAAGAAUUCAAGCUGCUUGGUAUCCGAUGGGACAAUGCAUUGGAGAAGACAAUCAGAGAUAUUUUGACUUACUGAUCCAACGUUUCAAAAAUAAUGCGACCCUUUCCAAAAUCAGGAAUGCAGUCAACAAGAUGGAGGAGAAAAGCAGACAUCGGAACCAGAGAAACGAGCUCCUUGGAUUGCCUAACACCUGGAAAGAUAAACAUUUUCUUGACGAUCUCGCUGGAGUGAUGGCUUCAAUAAAGUGA